AUGGAUAUCGCCCUUGAACUUUGGGACACCUUCAUUGGUGAUCGCUUCUACUCUGCUUUGCUUCCAGCAUCAGUUUCAUCUUCCGUUUCGCUGCCUGGCUUCGCCAAUGCUGCCAACAGCACCUAUUCCUUGUUUGGCGCAUCCAAACCGUUUGUCUACGAACCUGCCACACAAUUGAUUUACCUGGAGCCGUCAAAGUAUGCAUACAUGAGCGCUUGGCCUCGAAACAACAUCUAUCGGCAGUUCUUGAGUUUCUUCCUGAUUGUUUGGAUUUUCGGCAUUAUCACCUAUUUCAUUUCCGCCUCCCUGUCCUACAUCUUCAUCUGGGACAAGACGACUGUCCAGCAUCCGAAAUUUCUCAAGAACCAAAUCCCUAUGGAGAUUAGACAGACAAUGGAAUCGAUGCCCGUCAUGUCCUUUUUGACUGCCCCUUUCUUGGUUGCCGAAGUUCGGGGAUAUGCCAAACUAUACGAUACAUUCUCCGAAGAGCCCUUCUCCUAUUACAGUAUCUUGCAGUUCCCUCUCUUCAUUGCGUUCACCGAUCUUUGCAUCUACUGGAUUCACCGGGGUCUGCACCACCCGCGCAUCUACAAGACCCUGCACAAGCCUCACCACAAGUGGAUCAUGCCCAGCCCCUUCGCUUCGCAUGCGUUUCACCCCCUGGAUGGCUGGUCCCAAAGUGUCCCUUACCACCUGUUCCCGUUCAUCUUUCCUCUUCAGAAGCUUGCCUACGUGUUUCUCUUCGGAUUCAUCAACCUGUGGACCGUGUUGAUUCACGACGGUGAAUAUGUCGCCAACAGCCCUGUCAUCAACGGUGCUGCCUGCCAUACCAUGCACCACUUGUACUUCAACUACAACUAUGGCCAAUUCACUACUCUGUGGGAUCGCCUUGGUGGAAGCUACAGACAGCCAAACGAAGAGUUGUUCCGCCGUGAAACCAAGAUGGACAAGGAAGAGUGGAACAGACAGACCAAGGAGAUGGAAACUAUUCUCAAAGAUGUGGAGGGCGAUGAUGAUCGCAAAUACCUCUCACAAGAUGAGACCAAGAAAGAUCUGUGA